UCAGAGAGACGGUGCGGUGGUGGUGGUGGCGGCGCAACGUCACCUGAAUCCUCGGAAUCUCUUCUUUCCUUCUUCCUCAAUCACCGACGGUUGCAGCUCCUCAAUCUGUUGCUGCUCUUGUCCAAACUCCAUUCGAAGAGUUUGAUUUUGGUGGAGAAAUUAGCUGAGUUAGGGAGAUGUCGAGUCGGCCGGAGUUACAGGCACCGCCUGAGAUAUUCUACGACGACACAGAGGCUCGAAAAUACACUUCCUCUUCUCGUAUCGUCGAAAUUCAGGCGAAACUUUCAGAGAGAGCAGUGGAGCUUCUUGCUUUGCCCGAUGAUGGAGUCCCCAGAUUGCUCCUUGAUAUUGGAUGCGGUUCCGGGCUUAGUGGGGAGACACUAACUGAGAAUGGACACCAGUGGAUUGGUUUAGACAUUUCGCAGUCAAUGCUGGAUAUUGCAUUGGAGCGGGAAGUUGAGGGCGAUCUGAUACUUGGUGAUAUGGGUCAGGGAUUAGGACUUCGACCUGGUGUUAUUGAUGGUGCUAUAAGUAUCUCAGCUAUUCAGUGGUUAUGCAAUGCUGACAAGUCCUCCCAUGAGCCAAGAUUAAGAUUGAAGGCUUUCUUUGGAUCAUUAUACAAAUGCUUAGCAAGGGGAGCAAGAGCAGCAUUCCAAGUGUAUCCUGAAAAUCUAGCUCAGCGCGAGCUAAUUUUGAGUUAUGCAAUGCGUGCUGGAUUCGCUGGUGGAGUGGUUGUUGACUUUCCACAUAGCACCAAGAAAAGAAAGGAAUACAUUGUCCUCACUUGUGGUCCACCAUCCAUAAGCACAGCUGUUCCUAAGGGAAAAGGUGAAGAAGGUGAGAGCUGCUCUGAUGAUGAGAGCAGUGGAGAUGAAGAAAAUCAGACGGUUUCAAUCUCGGACAGGCACAGGCCUAGGAAAAAGCAGAAAACAAACAAGAAAGGAAAGGGCCGAGAGUGGAUACUGAGGAAGAAGGAACAGAUGAGGAGGAAAGGAAAUACUGUGCCUCCUGAUACAAAGUACACAGGCCGAAAACGAAAGGCCCGGUUUUGAAGGCUACAUUGUAACAGUCAUUGUUGUAAUCCAUACAUUUUUUAUUGACAGGUCAUGCCAAACUCCUAACUAUUUAUAUUUUUCUUGUUCUUUUGGGGAGCUAGUCAUUUCUCAUUUGUUGUUGCUACUGCUAUCAGGAGCUGAUGAGAGGUCAGCUGAAUCAAAUCCCAUGUGAAGCAUGGUUUUUCUUACUACUGCCAAUUUGGAUACUUAUAUUUGUUGGUUCAAUGGGAAGAUGAAUGUUUGAAGAUCACAGCUAAAUCUUUGUUCUCAUACUUUGUUAUUUGUAUGUAAAAUCUAGCAGCUUGAUGUUCCUAAUGUCAAAUAUGGUUUCAAGAAUCUUGUUUAAAUGGCAAUUAUCGAGAAUAAAAGUGUUUUGUAGUU